AUCGGAGGGAUGAAUUAUGUUCUCUGCUCUGUGAGGUAUCGGACAUGUCUACUGAAAAAAUUCACUCUUGUUUCUUUCGCUUGUGAAAAACAAAAUUCAUUGAAAACAGUUGAGUUUCAAGAAGAUCAUAAGGAAAAGGAUUGUCAACUUUUGUAUUGAAUAAGGAAUAUUUUAUUUAUAUGUUUGAAAUUUCAUAGAAAUAAGACGAUCUGUUUCUUAGUGUGAAAACGGCACCGCUGUUGUAUAUUUAAGGUCGAAAAAAUGAGCAAGAGUGAUUGUGUUUCAUUUAACUGGGCUGUUAAUAAUUUUAGAUACUCUUGGCAAAAACCCGAUGAAGCUAUUGUUAGCCCUACAUUUUUUAUUUAUAUGCCUGAAGAAACUAAAUGGGGACUGCGGUUGUUUCCCCGUGGGACUAUUGACGAUGACUGCAUCUCUCUAUUUCUGUAUCGAUAUAGAGACUGUAAUGGCCCUGAAAAAAUAGAAGUUGAAUACAGUUUGGAAAUGCUGGCCGCUGAUGAUUCUAUUCUGGCUAAUAGAUCUGAAAAGGAAGUAUUCGGAAAGGAUACGCAAAAGGGCUUUGCAAGAUAUCAGAGUAGAAAAACUGUUACAACAGAAGCACUGAAAUAUUUGCCACGAGGCAUCUUGACGGUUCGCUGUAGAAUGAUCCAGUUUGAAGGAAAAUCUGUGGAAAUUCGACAGAUAUUUGCACGAACUAAUAUUAGAAUCGAAAAUCGUUUUUUCCUGUGGCUAGUAGAAAAAUUCAGCAGUUUAACAUCUGAUAACAUACAGUCCUUCUCAAUUAAAUCAGCGUCCCAAGAGGAUUUAAUUAAAAUGAAUAUACACACCGAUAAAAACUACCCAGAUAGAAUUAAUUUCACUAUCUGCUCUUUUGAUCGGUGCAUGAAAUUUGCGUUUUUGAAGAUAUCAAUAGUAGAUUAUUAUAAGAAGCUGAACAGUGCUGGUGAAUAUGAAUGUUGGCUUAUUUGUGGGAAAUGUUCCAAGUUCCAGUUUAAAUUCACGAAAAAUCAGUUGAUGGAUCAUAGAGGUAGUUAUCUGAAUAAUGAUGUCUUAACUCUGAAAUUCGAAUUAACCAUUUCCACUGAAGUUUCAUUUCAAGGAAUAGAAAUUGUUAGUGGUGUGUAUACCUCAAAUCUAGCUCCGAAUGUAGUAAUUGAAAACUGGAGAAAGUGCAUUCUCGAGGAAAAGAAAUCGGAUAGUGCCUGUUCGUUAAUAACCGAUUUAGCAGAUUUAUUGGAAGACAAAAAUGCAUUCGAUAUGAAACUUCAAACAAAAACGAAUGUUUUUCCCGUCCACACCUUGAUUCUAAGUGCAAGAUCUCCAGUGUUUAAAGCAAUGUUUUCCACUGAAAUGAAGGAGAGAAUAAACGGAUGCGUCGAUGUAUCUGAUUUGGAUGACAAAACUGUAAUUCAAUUUCUCGUAUACAUGUACACUGACCAAUUGGACCAGAAUUUAGAAUGGGAUGAUGUAUUGAAGCUAUACAGAACUGCUGAUAAAUACGCAGUAACCUCUCUCAAAGAAAAAUGCUCUGCAUAUUUGAAGGAAAACUUGAAUUUGGCUAACGCAUGUGAAGCUUUGGUUCUUUCUCAUUUGCACCAGGACGAAAAGUUGAAAUUAACUGUGCAAAAUUUGAUACUGAGAAGUGCAAAAAGAAUGUUCAAGUCUGAAGAAUGGAGAAAAUUGGCGGAUAGUCAUUCCAAAGUCGUUUUAGAGACAAUGCUUCGAAACUGGAAUGAAGAAUGACGGAGAUAGUUGAAUUUGUUGAGGAGAAAUUUGCUGAAAAGGAAAUUAGAAUCAUUUGCAGGGAUGGAAAGGUUCCAAUACUGUGGUAUCUGUUGUAUCAGUAUUGAUUCGAUUUAUGUCAUUUUUACGACCCCUAUAAAUCAUGCUUUAAUUAGGUUUUGUUUUAUAUUUUAUAUUAUGUUAACCUAUUUUCAUUUAUUUUAUGUUAACCUUUACUAAUCAGUUUUUGUAGAUUUAGAAAUAUAAUAAACAUGAA